AGGGGAGGACAGGGGGAAGACAAAGGCUGAGGCACAAGGCGGAUGUGGUGCACUUGGAGAGAAGGGGGUGAGUGUCAUGGAGACAGCAGAUGCCAGCUCCUGGACCUGCCUUGGGAGGAUGUGCUGGUGCCACACGUUCUGUGUCAUCUCCAGCUGCGCCAACUCAUCUGCCUCCAGCGGGUCAGCAAACCAUUUCACGCCCUGAUCCAGGUCUACCUGUCAAACUGCCGCACCCUGGACACUUCUCAGGUGGGUGCGGACAUACCCCGAACCGCCUUCUGUAACCUGCUGAGAGACAACACCGUGCUCCAGAGCCUGGUUGUCUACAACUGCUCCGACUGGCUGAGGGACGGCGAGUUACUGCCCAUCAUUGGCCAGAACCACCACUUGGCCAAGCUGGACAUCACCGGUUGCAGGAACCUGAGCCGGCAGAGCCUGGUGGGCCUGUCUCUCAGCUGCCCCAACCUGCGGCACGUCUCCCUGCGCCAGUGCGACUGGGUGGAUGCCCUGUCUCUGCGCAGCCUGGCCGACCACUGCUCUAGGCUCGAGUCCGUCGAUCUCACCGCCUGCAAACAGCUGAACGACGAGGCUGUGUGUUACCUGGUCAGAAAGUGCCCCACCAUCAAGUCCCUGUCGCUGGCCAUAAAUGCAAACCUCAGCGAUAACUCGGUGCAGGAAGUGGCUAAGCGGUGCCCAGAUCUCCAGCACCUGGAUCUCACAGGCUGCCUCCGCCUGAGGAACGAGUGUGUAAGGACAGUGGCUGAGUACUGCUCGAAACUCCAGUCUCUGAAGGUGAACCAUUGUCACAACAUCACCGAGGGCAGCCUGGAGCCCCUGCGGAGGAAGGGGGUGGACAUCGAUGUCCAGCCACCACUGCAGAGGGCAUUAGUCCUCCUCCAGGAUGUUGUGGGCUUUGCCCCAUGCAUCAACCUCCAAAUCUGACCAGGACCAUUCCAUUCCGGUCAGAUGGGAGUUUUGCUCUCAUUGGAGCAUUCAAGUGGAAACCAUUGUGAAAUGUGAAGCGUGGCCCAGCCAGUUACCAACGUACACUCCGCACAGAAAACAGCUUCCAACCACAACCAGUGGAGUCUGUUUGACAGCCUUAGGUACCUGCUUGCGUACACCUGAGCAAAGGGCCCCUCAAGAUAUAUCCAAGUGACCACUGUGUAUUUUUACCCUAUCCUGUAGUACAGGUGGGUCACUGAAGGUGCACUUAAUAUAAAAAUACACGGGAUUCGUGUUUUAAGUGAAUGUAUGCUAUUGUAGAGAAUUUGCACAAAAGUCGAAAGAUGUAGAUUAGACAUUCAGAUAAAUCACUGCUGCUGAUUUAAAACUGGCAUCUUAUAAAUGUAUCUGCCCUUUGGGGAGCGGGGGCAAAGGGUACACAAGACAUGCAUGAGUCAAUUCCAUAAGUAGCCCUUUUCCCCCAUCCUCCAACGAAACUACAAUCCUGUAAAUACUUGGCUUUUCAUAGCAUCUCUCGAGUCAUAAUACUUGAGUGAAGAGUGUAAAAUAAAGUGUGUGUCAACCUGC